AUGGUUUCGAGAUUGAAGUCUGACCAGAGAGCUGAAAGAGGAAACAAAAAGGAGAAAUUGCUCCAGAUCGGAAGCAGAAAGAAGAAAAAAAUUCGUUUGCAGAUGGGGAGGGAUGUUACAGGUUUACGCAUUGACAAGAAAUCUGAUGCUGUCAAUGCAAAGUCAAACGGUACCUUUCAUGGUGCAGUUCAUGUUGCUCCUAAAGUUGUACCAGAAAGAGAUGAAACAAAGGGCUAUGAGGCAGUGGAUCAUACUGCAAAAGGCACACCUGCUGAUGAAAGUAAUGAGAAGCAAGAUGUACUAGGUCUGAAAAGCAUAAAUCAUGAGCCCGGGAAGAAAAUCUUGAAGGCUGAGACUCAGAAGUCAAGUGACAAAAAUUUAAGCUAUCUAGUUAAGCCUGCAUCAGGGUCUUCUGUUAAUGGGACAGUGAAUAUGAAUUCUUUGGAGCCGCUGACACCUGGUCUUGAGUCUGGGAAACGAACUUCAUUCCCGAACCAUGCCAAUGGUAUUGAAACUGUUGAUUCUGGUUUACAAUAUCUAUCAAAGACUAGUGAUUUACAUUCCCCGACAACCGCAAAAAAAUCACUACCAUAUUCUCCUACUGUGUCAAGCAAGACACCGCAAACUGAUGACAAGAAAUAUAAUGAUGAAGAUGAUAAUUGGUCCUUGGCUUCCUCUACUGCAACAUCUGUACGUAGUAAAUCCAGAGUUACAGUUCCAGUGGCUCCAACAUUUAGAUGUAUGGAGCGUUUAGAGAGACGCAAGGAGUUUUACACUAAGUUGGAGGAAAAACAUAAAGCGCUGGAGCAAGAGAAACUUGAAUAUGAAGCAAGAACCAAGGAAGAAGAAGAAGCAACUAUAAAGCAGCUUAGAAAGACCAUGGCAUAUAAAGCAAAUCCAGUUCCUAAUUUUUAUCGUGAAGGCCCUCCCCCAAAGGUUGAACUUAAGAAGCUGCCAGUGACACGUGCUAAAUCACCAAAUUUAACCCGGAGAAAGAGCUGCAGUGAUGCAGUGAAAUCAUCUCCAGUGGAAAAGGGAGCUUGUGCACGGGCAACUCGUCAAAGCAUAGGCGUUUUCAGGGAAAGCAAACCCUCCCCUACAAGUAUAACUCCCAAAAGCAAGAGUCGGGUUGGUGUUCGCAAUGUGAAUGCAACGAGCAAAGUCAAGGAUCGCCAGCAACGAGUGAAAGAGACUACAGAAAAUUCCCACGCCAGAGGUCAGGGGAACGAUGAUGUUGGUGUCGAGUCAUGA